GACAGUGGAGGGAGAGAACAGUGAGGGAGGUGUGAAAGGCUGAAAAGAGGUACAAUAAUUUCUUUGAGAUGGGCAGGGCAUGGCGAGGUGGGCAAGGAGAGAAAAGGGCCCUAACCUGCGGAUGUCCUUCAUCACCUACUCCACACUGGGUCACACCCUCAUGAAGCUCACCUCAGACAGGAAUGAAAUUCGUGACGGUCUUAGCAGACUUCAGAAUAUAGUACCUAGUGGAGCCACACACAUGCAGGAAGGAUUUAAAAAGGCAAAUGAGCAGAUUGAAAGAGUUUACUCCAAAAACAGCAGUGCUUCCAGCCUGAUUAUCACUCUGACCACUGGACCACUGCUACCAACGACAUUACGGGAAACUAAGAGUGAAGCUGACAAAGCUCGGGAUAUGGGGGCCAAAGUUUACUGCCUGGGUGUAAAAGAUUAUAAGAAAGACCAGCUGCAUGAUAUUGUAGAAAGAAAAGACCAAAUGUAUGGGAUAGACGAAUUCAAGUCCCUGGAAAAGCUUGUUACCUCGCUGGUGGAAAAUUCCUGUAUGGAAGUGAUGGCUGGGGACACUUACUUUCUCUGUUUAGGAGGGCUACCUCACCUCCAAACCCUUCAUUGUGCAUAUCUUUACCUGGGAAAACUGGAUACUUUUUAUGACUUUGUCCAGCACUGCAGCCAGGUGCCAUUGAUGUGGUGUCCGCCCAGGGACACGGGGAGGUGUGUCAACUUCGCCUUAAUGUAUCCCCACUAUGCACAAACGCUCUGCAGACCAAAGAUGUGCCUUUGACCCAGCCAGGAGUGCCUCCCCCUCGAUAGCUGUUGCUCGCAUUGUCAGCAUCCCCCACCCAUAUGCCGCUGAUCCUCCCCCUGCCUGGAGUGCUGCAGAAGUGCUUUGUCACUCCCACCCCCAUAGCCCAACAUCUAAAGCACCAAAAACCCAACAUUGUUAAGAGUACUUUGUGUACUGAAUUGGACAUAUAUAUUGUGUUUUGGUUUACAGUCAAAAGGAGUUAGAAUUUAUUGCUGAUCAGCAAGAUAGUUUACUUGGUGAGUACUGCUCCACUGUAUGAGAAGUAUCUAUACUGGUCUUGCCAAGACAAAGCACCCUGGUGUCCUCUGGAUAUAGACAUGAUGAGUCCCAUUCCCCAUAGUUGGCUCUUCAUCUGUUACCAAGGGCUGGGAUGCAUGUGGUUUUAGUCAAAUUCUGCUCUUUAAAAAUAGCCCAAAAUAUCUUUGAAAUAUGAAUACAAUCCUGCCUCCACCACUCACUGGCUGCAAAUUAAUCUCUUUGCCAAGUUACUUAAUCUCCUUGCGCUUCAAAUUCUUCAUUGAAAAGGUGGGGAUAAUCAUGUCUCCUCUACAGGGUGCCAUGAGGGAGACAGUAACUGCUGCAAUGUAUUCAGCAAAGGGCCAGGUCCCUGGUAAAGACUCAGGUGCUCAACAGUUAAUGUCUUCCCUUUGUGCCCUGAGAGAGGAGAGGAUGAUGACUCAGAGAUAUAAGAAGUGUCUUGUGAAGUCAGGGGAGUCAGAGAGGAGAAGAUGAUGACUCAGAGAUAUAAGAAGUGUCUUGUGAAGUCAGGGGAGUCAGAGGGGAGUACAUGACUGGUUUUUUCAGCUCCAGACACCAAGAUGUGGGGUUGACACACAUAAUCAUUCUCUGAGGAGGCUGCUGACCACACAUGGGUUCACAUUCCAGGCCCAUCACCCAUACAGCCUCCCAGAUAUGCCAUUGGAAAAGGUCUUGGCACCUACUAACUCCUGCAGAAAUGUCAGUUCCCUUCCCAUACCCUUAAUAUUUCUCAUAAUAUAAAGGAAACCCAUGGUUCCCACAUUCCCAAUUGUUCAAAUCUACUCCUCUGCUGAUAGAGCCAGACCUCACAAUCUUUCAGGUCCAUUUCCCUCUAGACUUUGAAUACCCAAUCAAGUUUUCCUUUGACACUAAUGUGCUUGAGGACUAUCCAUAGGCAAGACUCCAUUGUGAAAAUCCCAGAACAUAAGGUGAGGCUGAAGCAUCAAUCUGAAUCACAGAGUCUGAGCAGGUAAGAGGAGAUUGCUAACUCAAAUAUGCACAUACCAACAGAACAAAUCAGGGAUCAUGGAGAUCAGGUAAACAUGACAUGACACAAGGAAAUGAAUAACGCUCUCAUAACUGACCCUAAAGAAAUAGGGAUCUAUGAACUGUCUGAUAAUCCCACAGCUAACAUCAUACUCAAUA